AGCAACGCAGAAAUGCCCUUAUUAUGGCAGCGUGGCGGCUUCUUAUUCCCAUUGCUGCUCUUGCUGUCGGAGUUGUGGUCGAAGACCGAGACUGACAACGUCACUCUAAAAGCAGAAAACUCCACGGAUGAAACGUCCCCCACUGGGACGCCCCCCAGCGAAACGUCCCUCCCCGGGACCUCCCCCAGCGAGACUUCCCCCAGCGAGACCUCCCCCAGCAAGACUUCCCCCAGCAAGACUCCCCACAUGCAGACAAAAGAAAGUGCUGACUGCCCCUGUGAUCUUCAUCCAGGCUUCUGCGACAUCAAUUGCUGUUGUGAUUCACACUGUGGUUCAGAAUGCAACCUUGGUGCCCCUGGGUGUCCCUUCUCUUUCUGCCUCCCAGGCAGUACCAGAGCUGUGAGUCGGGUGUGCUUGGAAAAGUCCCUGAUUUUCCGAAAUAAUACUCCCUUCCAUACUGAAAUCCUUCCAGGUCCUGAUGGAUGGAUAUUACUCUUCUGUGUACAGUUAAAUGAUUCCACACUGAACUAUUUACAAGUGCCACAGAUGGUGACAAAAGUAAAUUUUCCAAUACUUUCAGCACAAUAUGGAAAAUCAUCUUUCAUCCUUCCAGAACAAGUUUGGUCUUCUUCGUCUGCCUUUUAUCAAGUGGGGGAUCCAAUUCAGAUUUAUUAUGCUGCAUCAUCUACACUAAGUGUGCUUAAGCAACCUGUGGGCAUUGGAACCAGUCAGAUUUGCACUGAUGAGAAUCCUGCAGGUUUCCUGGAAAGUAAAACUACCAGCUGUAUUAGGAUCUUUACAGACCUGAUAAGAAGUUGUACCUCUGAUCCUGCAUUGGAUGCAGCUUCAUAUUAUCGUAACUUCAGUAUAUUACAGGUUCCAGUCAAUUUUAGUGAUUUCCAGCUCUUCAAGGUCCACAUUAUCCCACGUUCGGAGCCUGCAGCUCCUGGGCUGAAUGGUAAUACAUGCCACAAUGUUGUUUCUGAGGUGAAUUAUGAGAUGGAGUUUAAUGGGAACCAUGGAAUCCAAAAGGUUUACGUUCAGUUCAAGUUGACCAAUAUAUCAGGAAAUGCAGGAGUCACAUUACAACAAAGUUUUUCGCUGCAUUUUGGGAGCAGAAGACCUUCUUUGACCAAACGAAGAAGUGGAAAUCCUGGCUAUAUCACAGGAGCACCACUAAGAGCUUUAUAUAAUGGGAUCCAGCAACAUGUGACCAUUUUACAAAACCAAGCUAAUGGUCAGUGCUCAGCAACUGAGAGAUUUACAGUACAAUUUGGGGAGAAUGUAAGAAUGGGCUGCCAGUUCAGCAGCUUGAUCUUUCACAGAAUACCCUUCACACCUGAGGAAAGAAGUUGUAGUGACUUGCAGGAGCUAUUUUACCAAGCCUUUGAAGGAGGACUCAGCACAGGGCAUUUGGCCAUAAUUGGCAGUGCUGAUCCAGGCCAUCCAGAGCAAUGGACCAGAGUUUUUACCCAGAGGUGUAAGUUGCAGGAUGGGCAUUGUAUGAUUCCUAUUUUCCUGAAGAUUCAGGUGAUAUGGGCUAAUGUGGGCCUCUUAUCUAAUCCACAAGCUCAAGUGUUGGGUGCACGAUACUAUUAUCUCUGCCAGCCUCUGAAGUCUCUGGGUAUACAUAUGAACAUGUUGCCUUUGACAAGUACAGUUACCUUCACAGAUGUUACCAAAUGGCCAGAGUCACCACAUGGUCAACCUGACAUUUAUAGCAAACUUCCAUUUGAUUUCUUCUUCCCUUUUAAAAUGGCAUUGAAUGAAGCUGUGAAUGGUUCGUGCAACAUAUUGGACACUUUGCUGAUGUCUUUAAUGCUUUGUGGAAUAUUCGUGAGCUUCUAAUACAGAAAAAGAAUAACAGUUCAUGUAACAUGGAAUCAAAAAUGGUUGCAUGACGAGUGAUAGAGUGUUUAAGAGAAUGGCUAAUUUUCUUCCUAAAAUCCUAAAGGAGGGUGUUCUGCAACAUUGAUGUGUCAGAUAAUUAAGAUGCAUUUCAACCAGUCUCAAGGUUGCAUGGAUGGUUCUGUGGACAUAUUGUAAAGCCAAUAGUCCAUAAUGAGUUGAUUAUAUGCAUGCUAUGCAUAAAAUUUAAUGCUUAGCCCUGACAGCAAUUGUUCCAUAAGUGAUUGCUGUUUCUGUUUAUGGAUGGGCUGUGUGUGAGAGGCUUUCUAUCAGCCUGGAUAAUGUAAAAGUGGGGGUCCAAAGUGAUACUGAUGGGUACUUUUUGAGUUCUGAAACUUCUGAAUUUCUGUCUUCUGUGCAACCCCUUGCCUUUUUUCUGCCCAAAGGUGUGUUAGUUUGAACCAGGCAUCUUCAGAUUUCAAGUGACAAAAAUUGCUUAAUCAUGGACUCUUAGUAUCUUUUUUCAAGAUGAACUAUAUCAAAAGUAUGAAGAAUCCUGUAAUUUUUAGUAUACCUUUUUCCUGUUAGUAUGAUUGAGAUAUUUGAUAAAUUACAAUUCAGUAAUUAACACAAAUACUUAGGUUCAUAGGUGUUAUAUAACAGCUAAUCUUUUAUUAAACAAUGUUUAUGCUUUGUUGCUGUGACUGUUUAGAAUACUAGUUCUUCAUUCACAGGAUGUUCCAGUCUUUCCUAAAAGAGUGAACCUAAAACAUGAAAAGCCAUAAUAAAAAACUGUAUAAGUGCCUUAAUGCCAGAAUCUCUCUUUAAAUUGAAGAGAUUUAAUGAAUAUGAUUUCAUUAAAAUAAUAUAUAAUAUAUAUUGGUAAGAACUGGGAAUUUAAUGAGUGUUGUAACCUAUGAAGUUUUCCAUUCUCAUGUUUUAAUGUUUUAAUUAUCAAUCAUAAUGUUGUGUAAAGCUAUAUUUGUAAAUAUAUGCUUUGCAAUGGUGCUACAUAGUGGAUGUGACAAAUUAUAUCAUUGAUGGUUGUAGUUUCCUAUAGAUUAAAAAUUCUAGCAUGCUUUUUUCAGUAAUUAUACUUUGAAUUUGCUCAAGCAAUUGAACUAAUUGAAUUUUUAUAAAUGAUGGUUAGCAUUUCACAGCCAUACACCAUAACACAAUAUUUUAAACUAUAGAGGUCUUUAAAUCUUUUGCUACCAAAUUCCUUUUAUACUAAAUCCACAUGAAUGAAUGAUCAAUCUCCUUGAGAAACAAGGGAUAUUAUCAGGGACUAAAUCAGAAUGAACUCCUUUCUACAUUAGAUUUGCUUAACUUUAGAUAUUCAGUAUUUCAGUAAUGGAUCCCUAUGGUUCUAUAGAUCCUUUAAGAUAAUAAAAAAAAUAGGUUUGAGCUAAUUUCAGAAGAGGAAUGAAUAAAAUAAGCAUUUUAAACUGUUACUAGUCUUAUCAAAACAUGCAUAUGUAGGAGAAUAGAUACUGAAUUACCUCCCCAUAUCAAACCUGUUUUGAUGAAAGAAAAUAUGAAUUGGAAAAGAUUUCAGAGAUUUAGGGCAAAAGAACUUCAUGUUGCAUGUACAAAAAUAUGAUCAAAUAAAAUUGGAUUUAAUCUUUUUUUGUAUUUUAAUUAUGUAUUCCCAUGUACAUAUUAUUCAGUUUUUUUGCUUGAAAAAGUUCAUAAUAUAGCCAUGAUGAUCAGCUAGAAAGAGAAUGCUUUUCAAACCUCCAGCUAACAUUUCAGAAUCUUUUCUAAUCCUAUAGUAGAAAAAUACAAUGACCUUCUACCUUGUCAACUCUAAAAUAAGGACAUUGUAUAAAAAAUUAGUUUCAGAGUCCAAAUAGGAGAGUUAGCAAUUUAUGACUUUCUAGUUGGAAUGCAAUAAGAUAAUGCUUGGCCAAAAGCCUGGCUUCAGUUUUCAAAACACAGAAGGGUUGUAAGUAUUGCUGGAGUACUUGUUCUCAGCAACUGUGUUCAAACAUGUUUGCAUUUUCACAACAUGCCCAAAGAAAUCACAUUACACUUAAAUGAUGCUCUUAUUUUCAACACUGUGUGCUGUGCUUGCUUUGUCUUAGCCAUUGUAAUUUGGUGUAAUUCAUGGGUUUAGCAUAUUAUUCAAAUGCAACAGAAAUGUAUGUAAAUAGGCUGCUUUCCCAAAUGGUAAGAAACUAAGGCAGUUUCUCUUGAACAUGUAUGCACCAACUAUUUCUUUCACGAAACUUCAUUGAGCAUACAGUAUUAUAAAUACUGUGCAUAGCCCAUAUCUAAUUUCAAACCCAAUUUUUGGGGAUGCUUGUGUGAAAGGUUCCACCUUCUUGCAAAGAUAUUGACGCCUAUUUGCAUAAUCAUACUUAGUGUAUUUCAAUUCUUUUCUUCAUAUACAAUCUUUUCUUAAGUCAAAGGAUUGAUCAAGAGUGUAGAAUAUUACUUCAUUAUUAAAGCUUAUAAAGGUUUAACUGUUUUGGAUUAUAUGUGCCUAUAAAGGUAAGUUGCUAUGAGCUUCCAUCAAGGAAAAUAAAAAUAAAAUAUCACUGUGUAGCACCAUUAGAAAGAUUAUAAAAUAGGAAACACCUUAUUUCAGCAUGUAUGAAUUUUAUUCUAAGAUGUGGAAGUGAAAAGUGAAAUUUCACAAUUAGGUAAAUUGAUGGAAUUUUCUGCUGUUAAAAUUAUUUUUUCUACUUAUAUAUGUUUUUUUUCCUAUGUUUUCUUAGGGUGUUCAGUACAGCACCCAGAGUUAGGUCCUUCUCGUGUGUGGGGGUGUGCAUUAUGGUUCAAGAUUGUAUCACCAAAUUACAUAUCUGAUAACAUGGCAAUGUAAGUUUUUUUAACAUUGCCCAAUGAAAGCAAUAAAAUCUUUAUUACAACAUUUUAGUAUGUACAAAAAGUGUAAGUUGAAUUGGAAUUUUAACCUGUAUUUUAAUAACUGUUUUAGAUUUUAGAAACUAUUUUUUAAACAAUUGGAUUGAAAUGUCAGUUUAAGGUGAUUUGAUUAUCGGGGCUGAUGAAAAUAAUUUGUUAAUUGGUCUGCACUUUUGUAAGAGUUUAAUUAAAGUAUUUUUUUAAAAAACUA